CAUUCUGGUACUCAACGAGAAAACAAACGGUUCUCCAAUGCCGUACAGUACUAGAUCGCCGAUUCUUGCCAUCCUCCGAGGCAAACCAGCAAAUAUGUCACCGUUUGUUGUCGAUCAGAGUGGGAAGUUGUUGAAGACGCUUCAACUUGGCCGAAGACCAAUCAGGGAGCUCCCCUCUUCAAAGUGAUAGAGGCGCAAAUGCGUACGAAGGCUACCCCGGAGCCGCUCGGCGUCCUGCGCGGCCAUGGUGCACCCGUCAACAGCGUGAGUUUCCUGUCUGUCUCCACUGUUGUGUCUGGUGCUGGAGACGGCGCUGUCAAGAUCUGGGACCUCAAGUCGCGUCGAGAAUUGGCAACGAACCACUCCGCUCACUCGAAAGCUGGCGUGUUGCACGCUGCCGCUUUGCGAGGAUCCGCUGCAUCGGAGCACAAGUUCGUCACGCAAGGUCGCGACGGAUUCGUAAAGUUAUGGGAUGCACAGACCUUUGACAGUGCAGCAGAGCCACUGGCGAAGCUCUACUGCGGGUCAUACUCAUUCACCAAGUUCGCAACAAUGCGCUGGCCAGGUGACACCCAGGAGAACGCACACUUGAUCGUGUGCCCCAGCAGCGUGGACAACAAGCUACUCGUCUACGACAUUCGAGAGGACCCCACAUCGCCAGCGCAGACGCUGUCAGUGCCUGAUGUUGCCGCCAAGAGAGGCAUGUGUGUGUCGCUAUCACUCUUCGACAGCAGUGUUGUACAAGAUGAAGUUGGCGCUGGAGGUAACAUGCAGGCGUAUAUCGCAGCUGGAUUUGAAGGUGGACAACUUGCCAUUUUGGAUCUGCGGGCGGGCGGCAAAGUGGCAUGUGAAACUACCGUUACCCAGGGCGCGAAUGCAUUGCUCUCGUUCGACGUCACACGUGACGGGCGGUCUGCAAUCUGCGGGUCCUCCGGCGACGAGCUGUAUGUCACAAAUAUUGACGUGGCUUCGUACACGCUCAACUCUCAAUCUUUCUUUUCCUGUGCUCACGGUGGAUUUAGCAGCGUGUGCAUUCGUGGAGAUCAGCGCAUUGUGGCUACUGCUGGCUGGGACCAUCGUGUGCGUGUAUUCCAUUUGCGAAAACUCAAGCCUCUCGCCGUGCUCAAAUAUCACAGCGAAAGUGUGUUCGGUCUUAGCUUCAGUGCUGACAACGCGCUGCUGACGUCUUGCUCCAAGGAUCACAAGAUAGCUCUCUGGUCGAUAUACCCACCCUCAGCAACCGCUGUUGCAAGUGCGUUGAGGCCGUAUUAACGUGUAAUGAGUCAAAAAUUAAUGACAUUAACUUAAAUGUUGUCUUACGACGUAAACUCGACGG